AUUGUACGACACGAGAUGACACCGACGUACUUAUUUAUUACCUUCUGAUUUCUUCAGCUGUACCUCCAGCAGUUGGCCAGUCUUAGCAUCCUCCAAGGACUUCGAAUGGGCGUUCCUAACGUCGCUCAACCCAACGUCUGGCAGGAGGCUCGGGGGCGCUCCAACUGAGACAGAUUUUCUCCUCCCUUCGUCUUUAUCGGGCGCUAACAUCGUACGACUUAGUAUCAUCUCUUCGUUCACCGAGUCGUGUUCGCACAGGCUGCUAGUAAUCGCUACCCGGUGGUGCGCUGACACGUGGCAAGUGAGAUUUCACCGGCGACUGACACGUGGCGCUGAUGGCGCCUUACUCCCACCGACCAGCCUCCUGGGAGGACGUGGAGGGGGGACACGGCAAACUCGUAAAUGACUCCACGGCGGAGGGGGGACGAGCUGACGUGGCAAGCGACGCACAUGACGUGGUCAACGAAAAGGCACUCACGGCGGAACAGGCCAUCUUCCUGCGCCUGUCCGAGAUUGAGGAGGGGGAGAGGCGCAAGGCGCGGGAGAGGCGCGUGUUGCUAGCAGGGGGCGCGGCGCUCAUUCUCCUGGCGCUCCUCCUAGCAGCGGGGGUCGCGAUUGGCGUGACAGCUGGCAAGGGGAAGUGCCAGGGAGGCGCUGAGGGGUCGAACGACGCCACGUCAGCAGAGGCGAUGCUGACUCAGCAGCAGCAGGGGGAGGAAUUACUAGGCACGGUGCAGAUAGGGGGGGAGUGGGGCAAUGUGAGCACAGUCGUUGCUAGGCUGGACAUUCGGCCGAAUUCCGGCAUUCACGCAAACCAGGGCGGAUCCGGGGGAGGUGCUACUACCUCAUGGGGUUCUGCCACGUGGCAGACGCCCGGCGAUGGAGUGGAGGACAUUUCAGCAGCGCAGCAGCAGGCGAAUCCGGAAGUGAGACCUGUCAGUGCGCAAGACCUUGGGGGGGGGGCAGGCGCAGGGGCAGGCGCAGGAAGUGAGGGGGGGCCAACAGACCCUUAUGAUUAUCCCCCUUAUGAUGAGCCACCAGCAGCAGUUUCAGCACCAUCAGCACCAUCACCAGCACCACCAUCAUCACCAUCACCAUCACCAGCAGCACCACCAUCAUCACCAGCAGCAGCAGCACCAUCAUCACCAUCACCAGCAGCAGCAGCACCACCCCCAGCAGCAGCAGCACCACCCCCAGCAGCAGCAUCAGCAGCAGCACCGACACCACCCCAAACGCCAGCGGCGGAAGUCCCCGGGUCGAGCUCCAACGGGCCUACAGACAUUCUCAGCAGAAUCGCUGCGCUAAUAAAGCCGCCCGAUCUAUCAGUACAAGGAAUCGACUUUCAAAACGGCCAUCUGUCGGUAUCGGGGCCUGAUUCGUGGAGCUUCAGCCUCGAGCCUUUCAAGGAAAUAAGCCUCGAUCUGACCUCGCUGAUCAACGUCGCGGCGGUGGUGUCGAAUCCGAACCCCAUCGAGAUCAUCGCGCAGGAGGUUACUGUAGACGUCAGCUUCUACAGUGUCGACGUCGGAUACGCGAAUAUACCAGACUUCACUCUCCCUGCCAACAGCAGCGCCACCAUCACCGUCCCUUUCAACAUCGACAACUUCCCCCUUCUCUCAUUCUCCGACCAAAGCCUUAUCACGGGCUCGAUUGCCAAUGGAGAGCUCGAGUUUCAGGUUGUGAUUAGUUUGAAAGCCAGGACUCGCAUUCUUCAGAGCACCACACCAGCUUUCAAUGUGCAACUGGUGUGCAACGCUGUGGUCAACCCCACACAGAACAACGUGCUCUCCAAGUCCUGCUCCACAAACAUCGCUGCGUAACGAGCAGAGAUUAACAAACAUGUACUGCGUUUUUUCGAAGCCACAUUGGCUUGUAAUGGCAGCUGUUGCUGCUGGGGCCUUGGCUGGUUUAGGUACCUUUCAUUCGUUUUCAGUGUUUCUAUUCCUGUGGGCUGGGUUGGUAUUCGUAGGGUUCUCUAGCUUUCAAAUGGCCCAAUCCCCUCGUUGGGCUACAACAUGCUUUUAUUAUGGUGUACUCAAUUCGUAAUAAUGU